AGGGGGAGGCCGCGUGGGGCGGGGGAGGGUGGAGCUUGACCAGGGGGCCCACAGCCGGAUGCUUCUGGGCGGCGAGAGCGGAUUUGCCAUAUCGGGAUCUCCAUGGCUUUCUAUCCUAGGCUCUGGGGCUCCCUCGCCCAUGUAAGGAGAGACAUCAGCCAGCGCUGCUUCAGCACCACUGGGAGUCUCAGUGCCAUUCAGAAGAUGACCCGGGUGCGUGUGGUGGACAACAGCGCCCUGGGGAACACCUCAUACCACCGUCCUCCUCGCUGCAUCCAUGUCUAUACCAAGAAUGGGGUGGGCAAGGUGGGCGACCGGAUACUGGUGGCCAUCAAGGGACAGAAGAAAAAGGCCCUCAUUGUGGGACAUCGCAUGCCUGGUGCCCGGAUGACCCCUAGGUUUGACUCCAACAAUGUGGUCCUCAUUGAGGACAAUGGGAACCCUGUGGGGACCCGAAUUAAGACACCCAUCCCCACCAGCCUGCGCCAGAGGGAAGGCGAGUAUUCCAAGGUGCUGGCCAUUGCUCAGAACUUUGUGUGAGGAAAGCCCAGGCCUCAGGCUAUAGUGGGCUCAUGAAUGCAGCAGUUCCAGGAACUGCACCUCCCCUAAGAGGGAACUUGGGGCCAGGUGGCUACUUCUUUCACAUUGGGUAACGGUGUCUUGUGAAAAAAUAAACCUUUUCAU